UCCUGCUGCAGGUGCAGCUCUUCCUAGCUGCUGUUUGUGCCGCUAUUAGUGGUGGUGGUGGUGCUGCUACUGCUGGUAGUGAUUGUUGUUGGAGCUGAUGCUGUUACGGCUGUCAGUGCUAGCGGUGCUGUUGCCUCCGCUGCUGUUGGUGGUGCUGCUACUGCAGGUUCCUAGUCGUGCUGCUGGUGGUUGUGCUGUCACUGCUGGUAGUGCUGCUGCUGCUGCUGCUACUGCCGGUACUGGCGGUGCUGUUGUUGGUGGUGCUGCUGCUGGUGCAGACGUCUCUUCGGAACUGUGGGACUUUGCUGACUGAGCCAUGCGCCUGUGUCUGUACGCAGCGCUUGUGUCCACCCUGGUGGCUCAACUCCUCGCUGGGGACGCGGCGGCCGCGGGGGGUCGUGCCGCCGCGCGGACUCGCACCAAGAGAUGCUCCUGCGCGUCCUUCCUCGACAGGGAGUGCAUCUACUACUGCCACCUCGACAUCAUCUGGGUCAACUCGCCCGAGAAGACGGUGCCGUACGGCGUCGGGAGCAGAGGCCGAUCGCGCCGCCACGCGGAUCCCAGGGACCCGGGCCGGCCUGGCGGCAUCGGCGUCGGCACCACCGGCGGCACCGGCGGAGCGAGAGGCAGCGGAGGAACAGAGGAAGGAGGAGCAGCAGCAACAACAGCAGCAGCAGCAACAACAGGAGGAGGUGGACAACGAUGCCUCUGCCAAGACACCACAGACACCGCCUGCUUGACCUUCUGCAGACCCCGGACGCUGCUCAUUGGGGAAGGACGAAAACAAACAUGAGACGUAGCCGCGCCACCAAACGCCUUCAUCAUUCCCGAGGCGACAAGCCCUUGGCGAGCCGGUCAACGGGGGUUUCCAUCACAAACGCUUUGAACACCAAACGCUGGGCCCGGGCUCCCCCCCCCCUCCGCCCGCGGCCCAGCCCACCCCCCGCCACGUGAGUGUUUUGGAAACUCGGGGAAGAAGUAAAAAGAAAAUAUUGAUGAAAAGGGUUCCACGCGCGGCACGCGGUGGAGUCACCGUGACCCGCCACGGUGCCGCUGCUGCAGAGCUGCGCCCGGGUCGUCGUGUUUUCGGGAGCGCGUCGUUCGGAUGGAUCGUAGGCACGGUGUCGCUGGCGCGGACGCGCGGGGCCAGGAGACCCAGCGGAGUGACGUCUGUCCCGCAUCACGCGCUCCGAUUUUUUAUUAUAUAUCCCCCCCCCCCAUCAAAAUGCAACAAAAAAACGUCGCCAAGCCCUUUGUUGUUGGUCCCAAGCGUAGGAUCGGCAUCCCAAGACGUGGGAAGAUCCGUCCACAAAGGAUACGACCGCAGCUAUGCAUGCCGUAUUUUUGUUUGAAGGAACGUUGGUUCGCAAUUUCACGCCCGACGUGGAGCCGAGAAUGCCAACAGCGGUGACCUUGUUGGUCGUGUCUCGAGAAUCUCCCCAAGGGGUUUGUUGUCAAAGGAGGAGGCGAUGCUUAAAAUAUGCUCCGUAAUUGUUACAUUCAUUGUUUUGUUCCAGUUCAUGUCACGCCUUUGAUUCGUCCAAACUAGCAGACGUUGUCAUUUAUUUAUUGUGUUUUUACAAAUAUAUAUAUUAAAAUAAGUGUGGUGCUCGAGUCACAAAAUAUGUCUUUAUAUAACCUGCAUUUUAAAGCGAACUCCUGUAAAGUGUUUAUUGAAAAGUUUUAAUUGUACUUUUUUUGAA